UACGGAGUCACACAAAGUAGAUCGUGAGAAAUGCAAAUAAGCAUAUACUUGGAAGCCAGAUGAUCCGUUUUUCUCUCUUGCUCGGUCAACGUACAACCCGGCGACGAACACGCGUCACUUACAAUCACCUCGAAGCGCUGUUUAUAAUGGUUUACACGCCACUUUAACUAUUUUCUAAAUUUCCCAAAAAAGAGAAGAGCGAAAGACUUAUAAUGGCGAUGGAAGUAGCAACUCCGGUUCAUGCACCGGCGCCAUCUCCGGCGACCAACCUCAUUGUCUCAGCAACAACAACCGCUGUGGAAACUCAUAAGAAGAACAGGAUUCAAGUUUCUAACACUAAGAAACCAUUGUUCUUCUACGUUAAUCUCGCCAAGAGGUACAUUCAACAGUACAACGAGGUCGAGCUUUCUGCACUUGGAAUGGCGAUCACAACAGUGGUAACUAUCUCAGAAAUUUUGAAGAACAAUGGACUUGCAACAGAGAAGAAAGUUCUGACAUCAACAGUGGGAAUGAAGGACGAGAACAAAGGGAGAGUAGUUCAGAAGGCCAAGAUUGAGAUUGUAUUGGGGAAAUCAGACAAAUUCGAUUCUCUAAUGACUCCGGUGACCAAAGAUACGGUGAAGGAGGAGAAGGCGGUGAACACGGAGGAGGAACCAAUAGAAGCUGAAGCUAAACCUGAAGGCAAGAAGGAGUGACCAUGUAAACAAAUUUCUACAGGUUUCGAGGAUUAAUAUAAGUUUCUCUGCAUACCGAGCAAACUCUUUUUGCUUCAUUACUAACUCAAAAAACAUAUCAAAAAAGUUUUGUGGUCUUGGGUUUACGCGCUUAGCGGAAUAUAGUUUUACUGUUCUUAAAUGUGAUUUUCUGAUAAUGUGAUUAUGUGGUCCGUAUUUAUUUGUGAAAAACAUUAUUUGAUGUUUUAUUAUGUUAUGUGGUAGUAGGUAAUAAGUUAAUAUAUUAUGUGUUUAUCUUUUUAAUAA